UCUUGCGUAGGAAGAAAGAAAGAAAGAACAAAAAGAAAACGAGUGGUUAGAUUUGGGUAGAGCCGUAGAGUUGCUGGGUUGGAGAUUGGAACGAAUAAUGGAAGGAUCUGUUGAUCGAGGUGGGCGGUCGAUUGUUGUAGUCCCUCAUCCUCUCUCUCUCUCUGUCUACCAAUUUCUCUGAAACUCAGUUCUUCUGAAGGCUAACUUGGAGUUGCAGAUUACAUUUCUCUCCGUCCCUCUCUCUCAUUUGAGUCUUGUUCUCAGGUGAUUGGGGGAAGAGAGAGAGGAUGAGUACGAGGUCUCCUGCGACUCGCACGCGGGUGGGGAAGUACGAGAUUGGUAAAACGAUUGGGGAAGGUAGCUUCGCAAAGGUUAAGUAUGCGAAAGACGUUGAGACCGGCGACAGCGUAGCCAUUAAAAUCCUCGACAAGGAUCAUGUCCUCCGUCACAAGAUGGUGGAACAGAUAAAAAGAGAAAUUGCAACCAUGAAGCUUAUCAAGCACCCAAACGUUAUCCAGAUCCAUGAGGUGAUGGCGAGCAAGACAAAGAUAUAUAUUGUGCUUGAAUUUGUUAAUGGGGGAGAGCUUUUUGACAAAAUAGUCAAACAUGGGAGACUUAAAGAAGAUGAAGCUAGGAGAUAUUUCCAACAGCUAAUUAAUGCUGUGGAUUACUGUCAUAGUAGAGGCGUGUACCAUAGAGAUUUGAAGCCUGAAAAUUUGCUUCUUGAUUCAUGUGGUGUUCUUAAAGUUUCGGACUUUGGAUUGAGUACAUUUUCACAAGAAGUACGGGAUGAUGGUUUGCUACAUACUGCCUGCGGGACGCCAAAUUAUGUUGCUCCUGAGGUGCUCCAUGAUAAAGGUUAUGAUGGUACAGCAGCUGAUAUAUGGUCUUGUGGGGUCAUUCUGUUUGUUCUUAUGGCUGGGUACUUGCCUUUUGAUGAGCCAAACCUCAUGGCUUUAUAUAGAAAAAUAUACAAGGCUGAUUUUACAUGCCCUUCAUGGUUUUCAUCUGGUGCCAAAAAAUUGAUAAAGUCUAUUCUUGACCCAAAUCCUCUCACUCGGAUAACAAUUCCGGAAAUCUUGGAAAAUGAAUGGUUUAAGAAAGGGUACAGGCCACCAGACUUCGAACAUGGGGAAGAUAUCAGCCUUGAUGAUGUUGAUGCUGUGUUUAAUGACUCAGAGGAGCACCUUGUAACUGAAAAGAAAGAGAAACCUGUAUCAAUGAAUGCGUUUGAGCUUAUUUCUAGGUCACAAAGCUUCAAUCUCGAAAAUUUGUUUGGGAAGCAGAUGGUAUGUUUAAAAAAGGGUCUUGUGAAGCGAGAGACACGCUUUACCUCUCAGCACCCUGCACAUGAAAUCAUGUCUAAGAUUGAAGAGACUGCAAAGCCUCUUGGUUUUAAUGUGUGCAAGCGAAACUACAAGAUGAAGUUGCGAGGUGACAAAACUGGAAGGAAGGGCCACCUCUCAGUAGCUACCGAGGUUUUUGAAGUGGCUCCAACUCUGCAUAUGGUAGAGCUCCGGAAGACUGGAGGUGAUACAUUGGAGUUUCACAAGUUCUACAAAAGCUUCUCGUCAGGAUUGAAAGAUAUAGUCUGGACAUCUGAAGCGAACUCAGAAGAGAAACAGUGAUCUGCCUUAUGUAUUCACAAGGGCUUUUCCCCAAGUUCCAGCUGCAACAACCCUCCUGUCUCUCAUUCUAGCUUACCUUUAGAUGGGUGCAGGUCAUAGCCAAGGACCUACCUUUGCAAGGAGGAUAUUUAUUAGUUGCCCUUGUUUGUUCUUGGUCUUGUCUUUAUUUUUAUGCACAACUUGUAUGAUUUAUAGAGGUCCAUGAAAGACAUUUGGUGGAUGAACUGGAUCUUCUCAAGCAUGAAGGUCUCUGUAAAUGGUAGGCUACAGAGCUAUCACCUUAAUGUUGUGAAGGCAUAAUACCCAAGAUAGGGAAUAGUGCAGCAAA